AUGGAACUCGCUCUCUGCCAGCGCUUCCUCGCCCUCUUCCUCGUCUUGCUGCUCUGGGCGCCUCAAGUAUUAUCUUCCCCUCUGAAAGCAGCCCAAUUCCUCCCUCGCCAGGAAGAAGAAAGGCCGAGCGCCUUCGACAACCAGUGCGGCACAACCCAUUUCUGCCAAAACGACAGGGAGCGACGACCGGACUGCGUUGACGCCGUUCAUGGGUAUACCCUUUGCCAGUUUUAUUUUCCAAAGACUAGCAGGAUGUACCAGGUCUGCAAGGAUUGUGUGGAUACGAAUUGUGACGCCUCCGGGUGCGAGUGGUUUGGGUAG